AUGGCGGAUAGCAGCAGCGGCAGCACCAGCGAGCUCAUCUGGUCACCACCUCCCAAUCGCGACCCACCGUCUCGCCUAACAGUCUUUCGCAAGUUGAUCGCUGAGGAGCACGCCGUCCAUCUCGACAGCUACGCUGACCUCUGGAGAUGGUCAUGCGAGCACCCAGCGCAGUUCUGGGAGGCCGUCUGGAAUGAGUGUGGGAUCAUUGGUCAAAAGGCCGACAAGUGGGAGGCCGGUGUAUCAAAGGGCGAUGCCUUGUAUCCGGCGCCGAUGUGGUUCAAAGGUAGUCGUCUCAACUACGCCGAGAAUCUCCUGCGGCACUGCCUCCCCUCCAGCGACGCGGACCGGGAUGUGCCGGCAGUCAUCUCGACCCUCGAAGCGCUCCCAGACUCGCCGCACGACUUUGCCCGCACAGUCUUCACCCGUUCGGAGCUUUACGACCGCGUAGCGCAUACCUCUGCCUCCCUGCGUCACGCCGGAAUCAGGCCUGGAGACGUAGUAGCCGCCUACUCGAGCAACGAUGCCCACUCCCUCAUCGCAGCCCUCGCUACCGCAGCUGUGGGAGCGGUGUGGUGUUCCGUCGCCGCUGAGGCUGGGCCGGAGGCGGUCCUCGAUCGAUUCGAGACGGUCAGACCACGAUUUAUCUUCAGCACUGGGGCGGUCAGGUACAAUGGGAAGCGCUAUGGGCAUCUCGAGAAGCUAGGUGCUGUGCUGAAGAGAUUGGGAGAGCUCGAUGGCCAGGGCGUCCUUGGCGUCGUUGUGGCUCCAGGACCGCCGGGUGGACCAGCUGAUGAGCCCACGACAAGCGACGAGCUCGCUGCUGCCCUCUCAUUGUCAGCAGGCUUGGCGAAAUGCUGGUCUUGGGGCGACUUCCUCUCAGCACACUCAACCUCUAGCCUCAGCAACGGCUCUGGCUCCACCUUCGCCUCUUCUUACCCACCUCUCAACUUCGAGCGUCUGGACUUCAAUGCUCCCCUCACGAUUCUCUUCUCCUCAGGCACAACGGGCAAGCCGAAAGCGAUCGUUCAUCGUGCUGGUGGUCUGCUCAUACAGCUAGCAAAGGAGCACCUCCUUCACUCCAAUCUCCAACCUGCUUCUCCCUCUGGAGGAGGCGGAGAUGUCUUCUUCCAGCACACCACGCUGAGCUGGAUGAUGAGCCCUUGGGGGAAUGCAAGCCUGAUCAGUGGUGCUACACUAGUCUUGUACGACGGCUCGCCCCUCCGACCUUCCGAAGGAGCCCUCUUCGACCUCGCGGCGCAGGAAGGCAUAACGGUCUUUGGCACUUCAGCCGCCUGGCUCGCCGCCGUGAAGCGAAAAGAUCUUCGCCCGAAGGAGCUGCACUGCGACAAGCUGAGAAUACGACAGAUUCUCAGCACGGGCUCGCCACUAGGCGCCGACGUGUACCCAUGGAUUCGCGACGCGAUUGGAACCGGGUCGACGGAGGGGGAGGGAAGCGUCCUUGUUGGGAGCAUCACGGGAGGGACAGACAUUUGCUCCCUCUUUGCUGGGAAUAACGUCGACGUGCCUGUGUACGCCGGGGAGAUCCAAGCGCCUAAUCUUGGGAUGCACGUCGCAGUGCUUGACGCGGCGACGGGAAAGGAGAGGCCGUACCCGCCACUCGCUGCGGCUCAGGAUACCAAAGACGAAGAAGAAGGCGAGCUCGUCUGCUUGACGCCAUUCCCUUGUCAGCCACUGGGCUUCUGGCCUCUUCCCUCUACCCCGGGCGCAGACUCACAAGCUCAACAUGCCGCCGAAGAACGAUAUCGUGCUUCCUACUACGAGACCUUCGGCCCCAAAGCAUGGGCGCACGGCGACUGGUGUGCGUGGACAUCGAAUGGCGGGCUAGUCAUGAAAGGUAGAAGUGACGGAACGCUCAACCCUGGUGGGGUGCGCAUUGGCACCAGUGAGAUCUAUGACGUCGUGAUAGCGGCUGCUGCUACGAGUUCAAAGGGAGAAAAGCAGAAAGAUGAGCUCGGCCUCAUCAUAGCAUGUCUCGCUGUCGGGCUCAGAGUGCCUGACGAGGGCAAGCCGACCAUGGCAGGCAGCGGCGAUGAGGUUGUUGUGCUGAUGCUGGUCCUAUCUCAGCCGGCGGAGAAUUGGGAGGCGCUCGUGGCAAAAGUCAAGCAAGAGCUCAGGACACGCAGGUCGGCCAGGCAUGUGCCGCGCUUUGUUUGCCAAGUGGGCGAUGUGCCGAGGACGGUCAACGGGAAGCUAGCGGAAGUGCCGGCCAAGAAGCUCCUCAAUGGGGCACCCCGAGCCGCAGUUCACGCCUCGACGCUGGCCAAUGCCGAGUGUCUCGACGAGUAUUCGCGACUCGGUCAGGAGCUGCGUGCUGAAUUGGUGAAGGAAAGCAAGGCUUGA